AUGCCUUCCGCAACUACAACCGUCUUAUCCGUGAAGUCCGAGGCCGAGGCCCAGGCCCCUGAUGUUCAGGCAUUUUUAGGCUUCUUUGCGCAACUCAAGGAAUUAUCUCCCACAGUGGGCUUCAAUAUGAUUUUGACGGUCCACGACGAAAACAUGACACUACGGAGUCACCUGAAGUCCAAAGAAGAGCAAGUCAUCGAUCUUGAGAAAAAGAUAAGAGACUGUGAUUUGAAGAAGGAGACAGCCAUCAACGAAAUGUUCCUGAUGAAUGAGAAAGAAAGGCGGCGCCAUCAAGAUACCCAAAGUCGUGCGCAAGAGCUUCAAAAGACCCUGCAAGAGAAAGACGACCUUAUCAAUGCACAAAAUGCAGCCCUGGACACCAAAGAAACACAGAUAAGAAAAGCAAAGGCCGAGUUCAGAAAACAAACGGAGGUUUUGGUGCAGGCGCAACAGGACAUCAGUGCCUUACAGGGUAAUCUCAAGGUGAAGGACACUAUCAUCGAGCAACUAAAGGCAGCAGAAUCGGAAUUAAAACAGAGCCUUUCUACUACCAAGGAGAAUGCAAAGGCGCUUGAGGAGAAGAAUUCGAACCUUCAACAACUGCUGGAUAACACUCGUGCCAGACUCAACACGAUUGAAGGAUUUGCCUCUGGGUUUUAUGAAGGGGACGAGGGCUCCCUGAUAGAUGAUUUCACUGGUCUGUGGCAGUUUGCUAAGACAGAGCUGUACUCCCAGUUCAAUGUCGACUUCACUACAGAAGCUAUCUCGAACGGCUCAGCGUGGACCAAUCUAAAACGCUGCGAUCUUGUCCGUAACUACCACAUUCCCCUACCUUGUUCGAAUACCCCGCCAGCGAAACAAAUCCGCUUAGCAAUUAUUCUUGCUAUCCUCGCGAGGGAGAUCGACAAAUAUAUCUUCCAGCCAUGCUACAUCAUCCCCGAAGAUGGCCGUAUUCGGAAAAUCCUUGGUGAUCUUGCCAUGACUGACAGUGAGAAGGAAUCAUUUUCCCGGUCUGUCCUGCAGUCAAUAAAUACGCAAGCCCAAGAAAAAGCUCUUUCGUCGACUAUCCAGACUGUCGUCGGUCGCGUGCUGUCAUACUUUGACGAUUUACUGACAGAGGCACAACAUAUGUCAAUGCGCUCUAGUUUGGAAAAGAUCGUGCGGAAAGCCGCAGGAGUUUGGCAACCCAUACGACGUGCCAAGCGAAGAUAUGAGCCAGAUUUCGAACAGCCAGGACCCGACGAGUAUUGGCUUCCCUUUACUUUGGACGAGAACAGCCGACCGGAGGCACAAACUGCACAGAACACCCAGGAUGAGAAUGCUCUAACAAUAUUUCCGCGCCUUUCAGUCAUAGAGAACGAUCGCAUGACACUACACACCGUUGUAAUCCAGCUUAACCGAUCAUCACCUCUCUUCUGCGCAGCGUCCAGUGAAUUAUCAAAGGCGACAUCCAAUUCUAGCGUGGUUCGAGUCAUGGCAAAGACUUUACGGGGCAAAUCUGCCAACUCCAAAGGUGCAAACCAGCCAGACGGACACUCAAAUGGUACUAGAAAGGCAUCUGGAAAAUGA